AUGAGAGUCGAGCCAGCCCCGACGAUCAAGUUCAUGUUGAACGGUGUGUCCACACCCAACACCGAUAUUGACAAACUGGAACUGCAAGCAUGCUAUCGUGCGCUGAGCAAUUUCCGUACUUUGCUGAAUCGAGAAUCAAUGCUGAAUCUCCUAAGUGAGCAGAUCGAAGAUGGGAACCGGUACUUUGACUCGCUGAUAAAAGAAUCGAACGGAGGACUUCGAGAGUGUAGAACAUACAUGAAAGUCACCGGAGUCACUGCCACGGAUAUCAGGGCCAUCACAAGCCGCUGGCUGCUUUCACGACCCAUUGAAGAUAUGGCGGCCAGGUGUGUAUUCCCGGCUCAUCCGGAGCACUAUGCAAUCAUGCAUGGACCAGGGUCGCUGCCGAGGAAUCCUCCAGACUGCGGCGUUGAAGUGAUCGGGGAGCACAUGGCCAAGGUUCGGUAUGUCGAUCUCAACAAGGGAAUAGAAGAUAUGCCAGGAUGGAUGCUCAAGGAGAGAGACUACGAUUAUGACAUGGCAGAAACGUUGGUUGCCAAGCUCACUAGCGGAAGCAAACUAUUCUAUAUCCUGAACGAGUUCAUGGACACCGAGGGUGGUUGCAAGAUUAGGCUGCGCACGUUUUUCCCUUCUGCUGCACCUUGGUCUUUGAUUAACCAGCAUGCGCAGCAUCUUGCGAUCGAGUUUCGCAAUGUCCUCACGAUGGUUGACGAGGUCGUUCAGGAAUUUGAGGAUAGUUUUUGA